AUGUAAUCGCACAUAUCGGCGUCUCCUCGCUAAAAUCCACAGUCGAGGUCGCCAUGUCUCAAGCUGUGUUUCUCGCGCUCGUCCUUACAAUCGGCGCCGCCUGCUACGUUUCGGCGGCCCCCCUGCCUUACCCAGUUGAGGAAGAAUAUGUGCUAGUGCCAUUGGUGCGAGUGCGUCGCCAGUUCUACCCUGGUGGUCAGUUUGGUCGACAGAACUACAACCGUCCUGGGCGUCCGAGCGGCGGCGGCUACAACCGACCCGGUGGUUUUGCUCAGCCCGGAUUCCCCUCAGGAAGCGCCAGCGCUGCUAAUGCUCAGGCCCAGGGCUUCCAGAGUGGUGCUGGUUUUGGGGCCAACCACGCCGGCACAAUGACCCAGGGCUUUGCAUUUGGACCGCAGGGCAUCACCGGCUCUGCUGGACAGGCGUUUUCGCAAAACUAUCAAUUUCCCGGAGGAAUCUCAGCCAGCGUUUCGGGAUCAGGAACCUUCGGCGCUGGGCCUGGAGGCAUCACUCAGGGUGGCGCCAACUCAGUCUCAGUCACCGGCCCCAACGGACAGCCCAUUCCCAUCAGGGGAUAAUUAAUUUAUUCAAAUUUGUCUCGCCAAUGCAAUAAAAUGUACAAAAUAAUGGAGUAAAA